AGAGAGAGAAGCACAGACUCUCUUCCUUCCCCAGACAUCCUAAGCAUCCAAUUCGUAACCCUCUUGGGAGAAAAUUUCCCCAUCGAGGAAGAAGACGAAAGAUUCGCCGCCUUUUCGUCCUCGUUAUUCAUCUCUUUACAAAAACCACUUAUGCAAAUCCUCGUCUUUGGUUUUCUUCAUGGUUGAUCUUCGUCUCUCGCCAUGGGAGCUCAGAAGAGCAUCCAAGCAGGCAAAGCCAAGAUUGAUGUUAAUGUGGAUUUCACUCACAAGCUGUGUGCUUCUCUAAUGCUUCCUUCUUUCAGGGACGCUGGCAGUCCUCUGUCUCUAGUGAUUGGCAGUCUCUGUGUCAAGCAUCCGAAUCUGUUUGGAGGAAGCGAGAAGCUUGAUGUGUCGUGGGAUAAAGGACUGUAUGAUUCAAAUGUAUUGGUUGCCUUUAGGAGACCUAGACCUGAAUGGCGUCCGCAACAGUGUUUCUUCAUUCAGCAUUCUCUUUCGCCCGAGAUCGGGGUCCAUGGCACACCGGUUGACAAUUUCUCCCGUUCCGGGAGUGGUGGUGUAAAUUUAUCCAAAUUGUCUGUUGGAUUGGACUUGAGUGAGCCAGCCCAUUCAAUGUGGAGCAGCACAACCAGUAUAAAGUUUGAGGUACCCACAAAAUCUAAUGAAUACUUUCCUCAGCAACUCAUAUUCUCGUCGAAUGAAUUUCUUGUGGUGCAGCAUGUCCGUCCAAUAAAUGAUGAUGGGCGUCUGAUAACGAGAGAUCUGGAUGGAUUUCCUCUAACUUGCAGUGGAAAUUCCCAUGACAGUAUGGUAGUUUUAAAGCAAGAAUCCCGGUUCGCAAAAGCAAACGAUCAGGGGCUUUCUCAUUUCAGCAUGCAAAUAGAACAGGGUAUUCCAGUAAUGUCUAAAUGGCUUAUCUUCAACCGUUUCAAGUUUAUUGCAUCAAAGGGUAUCAAACUGGGACCAGCCUUUCUCUUAGCAAGCCUGACAGGUGGUUCCAUUGUAGGAGAUAUGGCUCCUUAUCAAGCAUUCACCAUUGGUGGGUUAGGCAGUGUUCGUGGCUACGGCGAGGGAGCUGUCGGGUCUGGGCGUUCAUGCCUUAUAGGAAAUACCGAAUUGGCUUUGCCUUUGAACAAGAUGACAGAAGGAACCAUCUUCUUGGAUUGUGGAACUGACUUAGGUUCCGGUCGUCUUGUCCCUGGAAACCCGUCCCUGAGACAGGGAAAACCGGGAUUCGGGUUUGGAUUCGGUUAUGGAAUCCGGUUCAAGUCCCCAGUGGGUCACCUCCAGGUCGAUUAUGCCAUCAACGCUUUCAAUCAGAAGACUCUCUACUUCGGCGUCACUAACCUUACUUCAUGAACAUAAAGUAACAACGGGAUACAUAUAACAAGACAAGGAAACAUGCCGCAAUGAAACAUCAAAUGGCCCAAAUGAUGGAACUAUAAAGGGAAAAAGGUCACUGCUGUUCAUCGAUGUAGCACUAGUUCAUGUAAAUGAAUCAGAGAGUUUUGUUGGAAGUUGCAGGCUUUUUCUCAACCGCUUUAGCGCUAAGAAGAGAUUAACAUUCACUACUUGAAAUGUGGUGAUGGAACGGAAAGUUGGUUAUAUAACCACCCUCUUUGGUUUCAAAAUUUGGACCAAAUGUAUCAUAAGCGGACGUCUUUCUGCUUACAGAACCAAAUCUCCAUCCA